UUUUCUCUGCAGACCAACCUCCACCGCCAUUGCAGGUUCAGGGAGUCGGUCUAGUGGCCGUCAGUCGUUAGCCAGGGGAAGACCGCAAGUAAACAGUUUAGGGACGAAUAAAAAGGACCAUCACACCGACAGCACGUUUUACAUAAGGCUUAGAAUUAAUUCAUCUGGACUUUAGACUAGAGGCCCCCUGGCUGUCCGGCUAAGAUCUGAGAGAAGUCGUAGUUUGUUAGCAUUAGUAGAAACCGGAGGAGAGAGAGAGAGGAACCGCCAUGGCUCAGAUACUGCCUAUUCGCUUUCAGGAGCACCUGCAGCUCCAAAAUUUAGGGAUCAAUCCAUCCAACAUAGGCUUCAGCACCCUAACCAUGGAGUCGGAUAAGUUCAUCUGUAUUCGGGAGAAGGUGGGCGAGCAGACUCAGGUGGUGAUCAUUGACAUGGCAGACCCAAAUACACCUAUCCGCAGGCCCAUCUCAGCCGACAGCGCCAUCAUGAAUCCAGCCAGCAAAGUCAUUGCACUUAAAGACGCCGCCAAAACCCUUCAGAUCUUCAACAUCGAGAUGAAAAGCAAGAUGAAGGCACAUACCAUGACGGACGAUGUUACCUUCUGGAAGUGGAUCUCCCUUAACACAGUUGCACUUGUGACUGACAAUGCCGUCUACCACUGGAGCAUGGAGGGAGACUCGCAGCCUGUGAAAGUCUUCGACCGCCACUCCAGCCUGGCAGGCUGCCAGAUUAUCAACUACCGCACUGACGCCAAGCAGAAAUGGCUCCUGCUCAUCGGCAUCUCAGCCCAGCAAAAUCGGGUGGUUGGAGCCAUGCAGCUCUACUCCGUUGACAGAAAGGUUUCUCAGCCCAUCGAAGGCCAUGCUGCCAGCUUUGCCCAGUUCAAGAUGGAGGGGAAUACAGAGGAGUCAACUUUGUUCUGCUUCGCUGUCAGAGGGCAGGCUGGAGGGAAGUUGCAUAUCAUUGAAGUGGGGACCCCACCAACUGGCAACCAGCCAUUUCCAAAGAAAGCAGUGGAUGUGUUCUUCCCUCCAGAAGCUCAGAACGACUUUCCUGUGGCCAUGCAGAUAAGCUCCAAGCAAGAUGUGGUUUUCCUUAUUACCAAAUAUGGCUACAUUCACCUGUAUGACUUGGAGACAGGCACCUGCAUCUACAUGAACCGCAUCAGUGGGGAGACCAUCUUUGUCACCGCUCCACAUGAGGCCACCUCAGGCAUCAUUGGGGUCAACAGGAAGGGACAGGUGCUGUCAGUCUGUGUGGAAGAGGAAAAUAUCAUCCCCUACAUCACUAAUGUGCUCCAGAAUCCGGACCUGGCUCUCCGCUUAGCUGUCCGCAACAACCUUGCUGGUGGUGAAGAGCUCUUUGCACGCAAGUUCAACAACCUGUUUGCUGCUGGAAACUACUCUGAGGCUGCCAAGGUUGCUGCCAAUGCACCAAAGGGUAUCCUGCGAACCCCAGACACCAUCCGUCGCUUCCAGAGCGUUCCCACUCAGCCAGGCCAGACCUCCCCCUUGUUGCAGUACUUUGGUAUCCUGUUGGACCAGGGCCAGCUCAACAAGUUUGAGUCCCUUGAGCUUUGCAGGCCUGUACUCCAGCAGGGACGAAAGCAGCUCCUGGAGAAGUGGCUAAAGGAAGACAAGUUGGAGUGUUCGGAGGAACUUGGUGACCUGGUUAAGGCAGUGGAUCCCACCUUGGCUCUCAGCGUCUACCUGAGGGCCAACGUCCCCAACAAAGUCAUCCAGUGCUUUGCAGAGACUGGUCAGUUCCCCAAGAUCGUCCUGUACGCCAAGAAGGUGGGCUACACUCCAGACUGGAUCUUUCUGCUCAGGAAUGUGAUGCGGAUCAACCCAGAACAAGGCCUGCAGUUUGCCCAGAUGCUGGUCCAGGAUGAAGAGCCACUGGCUGACAUCACACAGAUCGUGGAUGUAUUCAUGGAGUACAACCUGAUCCAGCAGUGCACCUCAUUCCUCCUGGAUGCUCUGAAGAACAACAGACCCUCAGAAGGACCACUGCAGACUCGCCUGCUGGAGAUGAACCUUAUGCAUGCUCCACAGGUUGCUGAUGCUAUCCUGGGCAACCAAAUGUUUACCAACUACGAUCGUGCCCACAUCGCCCAGCUGUGUGAGAAGGCUGGACUCCUGCAAAGGGCGCUGGAGCACUACACCGACCUGUAUGACAUCAAGCGCGCUGUGGUGCACACACACCUGCUCAACCCAGAGUGGCUGGUGAACUUCUUUGGCGCGCUGUCGGUGGAGGACUCCCUGGAGUGCCUCAGGGCCAUGCUGUCGGCCAACAUCCGCCAGAACCUGCAGAUCUGUGUGCAGGUGGCUUCCAAGUACCAUGAGCAGCUCACCACACAGUCUCUCACUGAGCUUUUUGAGUCCUUCAAGAGCUUUGAAGGUCUGUUCUACUUCCUGGGCUCUAUUGUGAACUUCAGUCAGGACCCCGAAGUUCACUUUAAAUACAUUCAGGCGGCCUGCAAGACGGGUCAGAUCAAAGAGGUGGAGAGGAUCUGUCGAGAGAGCAACUGCUACGACCCUGAGCGUGUCAAGAACUUCCUCAAGGACAUUUAUCAGGAAGCCAAACUCACCGACCAGCUACCACUCAUCAUCGUCUGUGACCGCUUUGACUUUGUCCACGACCUGGUCCUCUACCUGUACCGCAACAACCUGCAGAAGUACAUUGAGAUCUAUGUUCAGAAGGUGAAUCCUAGCCGUCUGCCUGUUGUGGUUGGUGGUCUCCUAGACGUGGACUGCUCAGAGGAUGUCAUCAAGAGCCUGAUCCUGGUCGUCCGGGGACAGUUCUCAACUGAUGAACUGGUCGCUGAGGUGGAAAAGAGAAACAGACUGAAGCUGCUGCUGCCCUGGCUGGAGUCUCGUAUCCACGAAGGCUGUGAGGAGCCUGCCACCCAUAAUGCUCUGGCCAAGAUCUACAUUGACAGCAACAACAACCCUGAACGAUUCCUGAGGGAAAACCCGUACUAUGACAGCCGUGUGGUGGGAAAGUACUGCGAGAAGAGAGACCCCCACCUGGCCUGUGUGGCCUACGAGAGAGGACAGUGCGACCAGGAGUUGAUCAAUGUCUGCAAUGAGAACUCCCUGUUCAAGAGCUUGUCUCGUUACCUGGUCCGCCGCAAAGACCCUGACCUGUGGGCCAGCGUGCUGCUGGAGAGCAACCCCUUCAGACGACCACUCAUUGACCAGGUGGUGCAGACAGCCCUGUCAGAAACCCAGGACCCAGAGGAGGUGUCUGUCACAGUCAAGGCCUUCAUGACCGCAGACUUGCCCAACGAGCUCAUCGAGCUGCUGGAAAAGAUUGUGUUGGACAACUCUGUCUUCAGUGAACACAGAAAUCUGCAGAACCUGCUGAUCCUUACAGCAAUCAAAGCUGACCGUACCCGCGUGAUGGAGUACAUCAGCAGGCUAGACAACUAUGACGCUCCCGAUAUCGCUAACAUUGCCAUCAGCAACGAGCUCUUCGAGGAGGCUUUUGCCAUCUUCAAGAAGUUUGACGUCAACACCUCCGCUGUGCAAGUGCUGAUCGAACAUAUUGGCAACCUGGACCGGGCCUAUGAGUUUGCAGAACGCUGCAAUGAGCCGGCUGUGUGGAGCCAGCUGGCUAAGGCUCAGUUACAGAAGGACUUGGUCAAAGAGGCCAUCGACUCCUACAUCAAAGCCGAUGAUCCCUCUGCAUACAUGGAAGUGGUACAGGCUGCUGAUAAGAGCGGUAACUGGGAGGACUUGGUCAAAUUCCUUCAGAUGGCUCGUAAGAAGGCCCGCGAGUCCUACGUGGAGACAGAGCUCAUCUUUGCCUUGGCCAAAACCAAUCGUCUGGCUGAACUGGAAGAGUUCAUCAACGGACCCAACAAUGCUCACAUCCAACAGGUUGGUGACCGCUGCUACGAUGAGAAAAUGUACGAUGCUGCAAAGCUGCUAUACAACAACGUCUCCAACUUUGGUCGUCUGGCUUCAACUCUGGUGCACCUCGGGGAGUACCAGGCUGCUGUGGACGGCGCCCGUAAAGCCAACAGUACCCGCACCUGGAAAGAGGUGUGCUUCGCCUGCGUGGAUGGAAAGGAGUUCAGGCUUGCCCAGAUGUGCGGUCUCCACAUCGUGGUGCACGCUGACGAGCUGGAGGAGCUGAUAAACUACUACCAAGACCGCGGUUACUUUGAGGAGCUGAUCACCAUGCUGGAGGCCGCCCUGGGCCUGGAGCGCGCUCACAUGGGGAUGUUCACGGAGCUGGCCAUCCUUUACUCCAAGUUCAAGCCCCAGAAGAUGAGGGAGCAUCUGGAGCUCUUCUGGUCCAGAGUUAACAUCCCGAAGGUCCUGAGAGCAGCUGAGCAGGCUCACCUGUGGGCCGAGCUGGUCUUCCUGUAUGACAAGUACGAGGAGUUCGACAACGCCAUCAUCACCAUGAUGAACCACCCGACAGAUGCCUGGAAGGAGGGGCAGUUCAAAGACAUAAUCACCAAGGUGGCCAACGUGGAGCUGUACUACAAAGCCACCCAGUUCUAUCUGGAGUUCAAGCCCUUGUUACUGAAUGAUUUGCUUAUAGUGCUUUCCCCCAGACUGGACCAUUCCCGUGCUGUCAACUUCUUCACAAAGGUGAAACAGCUUCCUCUGGUCAAACCCUACCUGCGGUCAGUACAGAACCACAACAACAAAUCAGUCAAUGAAGCACUUAACAACCUCUUCAUCACAGAGGAGGACUACCAGGCACUGAGGACAUCAAUAGAUGCCUACGACAACUUUGACAACAUCUCACUGGCCCAGCGCUUGGAGAAGCACGAGCUGAUCGAGUUCAGGAGAAUCGCUGCUUACCUCUUCAAGGGCAACAACCGCUGGAAACAGAGUGUGGAGCUCUGCAAGAAGGACAAGCUCUAUAAGGAUGCCAUGCAGUAUGCGUCCGAGUCGAAGGACAUCGAGCUGGCAGAGGAGCUGCUGUCCUGGUUCCUGCAGGAGGACAAGAAGGAGUGUUUCGCCGCCUGCCUGUUCAGCUGCUAUGACCUGCUGCGGCCUGACGUGGUGCUGGAGACCGCCUGGAGGCACAACAUCAUGGACUUUUCUAUGCCAUAUUUCAUUCAGGUCAUGAGGGAGUACCUCAGCAAGGUUGAUGCCGUUAAGGAACAGGUAGAUAAACUAGAAACCUCAGAGACUGUAAGGAAAGAAGAGGAGCAGGCAACGGAGACGCAACCCAUCGUCUACGGCACACCUCAGCUGAUGCUGACAGCGGGCCCCAGCGUACCUGUGGCCCCUCAGCAAGCUUACGGCUACGGCUACCAGGCGCCUGCAGGAUACAGUCAGCCAGCGGUUCAGCCAGGCUUUGGCUACGGCAUGUAAAGACCCCCACCCCCUUCUCUCCACAUGCAAGGCUGGAGCAACCAUCCAUCCAUCUCCCACAGUCCUUCACCAGACCAUUAGUGUCUCUCUCUCUCUGCCCUCUACAGGGAGCGGGGGGAUAAUACAGAUCACCCAUUUUUCUUUUCUUUGUUUUACGUCCCCCCCGCCCUCCCCCCCUUUUUAAACUGUCAUGAAGGACUCAGUUUUAUUUCUGUUGUCAAAGAAAAAGAUUGAAUCACAAAGAUUAAUUUUCUCACAUUCCGUAUUGACUAGAUUUAAUUUUUCUUUUGUCUAUUUUAUUUGAAUGGGAAAUAGUUUAUGUACAAUGGGGGGAGGGGGCUUGUGGGAAGAGCUAGUCCUCUUCUCAGUUUGAGAAAAAAAAAAAGUCUGUUGUGAAGCAUCUGAUUUGCACUCUGUAGUGAGAAGAAAUUAAUGUAGAACGUCUUCAUUUUGAUGUGUGUGAGCAGCUGCUUCUGUCCGACUGUAAAAUGCAUUUAAUUAUUGUAUAUUCAGACACAAAAACUAAACGCUACCCUGUUCUUCUAUAUUUGAACAUGAGACUGCCGCUUCCAUGACCACAAUCCUGAAACACUACGUUGUACCAGUCAUGUCCCCCCCACACACACACACACACACACACACACACACACACACACACACACACACACACACACACACACACACACACACACACUUCAGGGCUGUUUCUUGAAGAAAAGCCAGGAGAGUAUUUCACAUCUGAUUUACAGGAAGGUUAGAUUCUUUCCAGCAAAGCCUAUGCAGGACUCUCUAAACAAAUUGUCAUUCAGACGACAUUUCCAUGUGCUUUAAAUACUGCUCUAAUGUGGGACCAUUCCACCUCAGGAGGGACUGCAGACCUGUUUAUGUUUGACUAACAAGCCCCAUGCCCCCUCUUUAUGCUGCGGUUUGUUUGUGCUGGAUAUCAUUUUAGGUCACCUGGUAUUGAGUGUGCAGGAGAGAGGUUUUUUCAAACUUAAUCCUCCUCGUGUCCUGUUGAGGGUUGCCUUUUAACUUUUCAGUUGACCCCGCUCUUCCAGUUCAGAGACAAUAUCACAGGACUUGUGGUAUUUGAAGUUUUUAUCAAAGGCUUGCGUGUAUACAGGAAACCAAUCAUUAACUCGUUUGAACUUAUAUUCUUAUCUAAAUUACCUUUAGAUUUAAAUUGUGCACUUAAGAUACUUGAUUGUGCAUUAUCAUGAUCAUAAUGAAUGAAACAGCGGUUUUGUUUUCCACUUAAAAAUAAAGGCUUCUUGUUUGUCAAGAA